GCGCGGGCUUUGCGUGAGUCAAGAUUGAGCUUCCCACAGACUGAAACUUCCUCCUGUGUCCAACAUCUGAUAUUAGAGGGGGAGGAUUUGCAGACAGAAAUCUCAAACCAAAAAUCACAUCAAGAUCUCACAGUGUCGUUCAAUUCAUCAGGACCUGAACAUAAUUGACCUUUGAAUGUGGGGAAAUGUUUGUUCUGUCUGUGGGGAAAGAUUCUAAACAUUGGUGUGAUUGGAAAAGCACCGAGACACACACACCCGAGUGAGAGUGUUCCAGUGCACUGUCUGUGGAAAGAGUUUUAACCAGUUACACAGCCUGAAAAAAAAUCACACCAUUCACAGCGGGGAGAAACUGUACAUGUGUUCUGUGCUUGUGUGAGGCUUCAACUAAUCGUCAAACACAGCGAGACAUAAGGACACCCACACCAUGGAGAAACCAUAGAAAUGUGGUGACUGUGGGAAGGGAUUCCGGAACCCAUCUGCCCAUCUGUGCUAGAAAUUCUCAAACCAAAAUUCACGUUUGCAAGCACCAGAGUCACUCGAUUCAUCAUGACCUGAAUUUCAUCGGCCUUUGAAUCUAGAGGGAGAGAUGAUUGUCUGUUCUGUCUGCUUCAAAAUGUUUCAAACAUCAGUGUGAUUGGAAAAGCACUGAGACACACACACACAAGAGAGAGUGUUCCAGUGCACUGACUGUGGAAAGAGCUUUAAGCAGUUACACAGACUGAAAAAACAUCACACCGUUCACAAAGGGGUGACACCACACAUGUGUUCUGUGUGUGGACAAGGCACCAAUUGAUUAACAGAUGUGGAGAUACACGAGGGCACACGCACCAUGGAGAAACUGUGGAAAUGUGGGGAUGGUGAGAAGGGAUUCCAAACCACACCUGUGCUGGAAACUCAACACAUUCACACCGGGGAGAGGCCAUUCACCUGCCCUGUGUGUGGGAAGGGAUUCACUCAUUCCUCACACCUAGUGGCACAUCAGGUCGCUCACACCAGGGAGAGGCCACUCAUCUGCUCUGUGUGUGGGAAAGGAUUCACUCAGUCAUCCCACCUAGUGGCACACCAGAUAGCUCACACCAGGGAGAGACCACUCACUUGCUCUGUGUGUGGGAAGGGAUUCAGUAAGCCAUUGCACUUAGUGGCACACCAGAUAGCUCACACCAGGGAGAGGCUGCUCACCUGCUCUGUGUGUGGGAAAGGAUUCACUCAUGCAUCCCACCUAAUGGCACACCAGGUAGUUCAUACCAGGGAGAAGCCAUUCACCUGCUCUGAGUGUGGGAAGGGAUUCACUCAGUCAUCCCACCUACUAGCGCACCAGGUAGUUCACACUGGGGAGAAGCUGUACACCUGCUCUGUUUGUGGGAAGGGAUUCACUCAGUCAUCCCACCUAGUGACACACCAAGUUGCUCACACCAGGGAGAGGCCGUUCUCCUGCUCUGAGUGUGGGAAGGGAUUCACUCAGUCAUCCCACCUAGUGGCACACCAGGCAGUUCACACCUGGGAAAGGCCAUUCACCUGCUCUGAAUGUGGGAAGGGAUUCACUCAGUCUGCGCACCUAGUGACACACCAGGUAGUUCACACUGGGGAGAGGCCAUUCACCUGCUCUGAGUGUGGGAGGGGAUUCACUCUGUCAUCCCACCUAGUGGCACACCAGGUAGUUCACACUGGGGAGAGGCCAUUCACCUGCUCUGAGUGUGGGAGGGGAUUCACUCUGUCAUCCCACCUAGUGGCACACCAGGUAGUUCACACAGAGGAGAGGCCGUUCACUUGCUCUGUGUGUGGGAAGGGAUUCACUCAGUCAUCCCACCUAGUGGCACACCAGGUAGUUCACACCAGGGAGAGGCCGUUCUCUUGUUCUGAGUGUGGGAAGGGAUUCACUCAGUCAUCCCACCUAGUGGCACACCAGGUAGUUCACACCGGGGAGAGGCCGUUCACCUGCACUGAAUGUGGGAAGGGAUUCACUCAGUCAUCACAUCUAGUGGCACAUCAGCUAGUUCACACUGGGGAAAGGCCGUUCACUUGCUCUGAGUGCGGGAAGGGAUUCACUCAGUCAUCCCACCUAGUGGCACACCAGGUACUUCACACCAGGGAGAGGCCGUUCACCUGCACUGAGUGUGGGAAGGGAUUCACUCAGUCUGCGCACCUAGUGGCACACCAGGUAGUUCACACCAAGGAGCGGCCGUUCACCUGCUCUGUGUGUGGGAAGGGAUUCGCUCAGUUAUCCCACCUGCUGACACAUCAACAGGUCCACACUGGAAAAGACCCAUGGAAAUGUGGAGACUGUGGGAAGCGGUACCGAAUCCCGUCUGAACUGGAAAUUCAUCAUCGCAUUCACACCGGGGAGAAGCCUUUCACCUGCUCCGAAUGUGGGAAGGGAUUCACUCGGUCAUCCCACCUGCUGACACACCAGCGAGUUCACACCGGGGAGAGACCAUUCACCUGCUCUGAGUGUGGGAAAGGAUUCACUGGGUCAUCCCACCUGCGGACACACCAGCGAGUUCACACCGGGGAGAGACCAUUCAUCUGUUCUGUGUGUGGGAAGGGAUUCACUCAGUCACCCAACCUACUGACACACCAGCGAAUUCACACCGGAGAGAGGCCAUUCACCUGUUCUGUGUGUGGGAACAAAUUCAGUCAGUUAUCCAGCCUGCGGACACACCAGCGAUUUCACACUGGGGAGAGGCCGUUCACCUGCUCUGAGUGUGGGAAGGGAUUCGCUGACACAUCGAGUCUGCUGACACACCAACGACUUCACACUGGGGAGAGGCCAUUCAUCUGCUCUGAGUGUGGGAAAGGAUUCACUCAGUUAUCCCACCUGCAGAAACACCAGAGAAUUCACACUGGGGAGCGGCCAUUCACCUGCUCUGUGUGUGGGAAGGGAUUUGUUCAUUUAUCCAGCCUGCGGAGACAUCAGCGAGUUCACAAGUGAUUCCAGGGGUUGAAUUCUGCUGUUAUUGCUGCUGUUAAUCACAUCCAGGACUGAACCAUGUUCAGUCUGACACUUGGUGAAGUGGGAGGGUUGGAGGUUUCUUUCUGCUGGACUGGUCGGUCUCACAACUUUUCUUCCAGUGGCUGAUGCUCUUUGAGCCUGGGGGUGCACAUUUCCACUGAAACGAUCCACAAAAGCUGAUCAAGUAUAUUUAUUUUAUCCUGGAUAGUAAAUCGUGACAGGUAGAUCUAAAAUAAAUACAUUUGUCUCUGUUCCAUUGAGUCUACAACACAGGGCCAGGCCAGUGGGCUCAAGUGGUCUCUGUCAGUAUUUAUGCUCCACAUGAGCCUCCACCCACCCCUCUUCAUCUCCCCCCAUCAGCAUAUCCUUCUAUUCCUUUCUCCCUCAUGUAUGUAUCUAGCUUCCCCUUAAAUUUAUUCAUGCUAUUCACCUCAACCACUCGCUGUGGGAGUGAGUUCCACAUUCUCGCCACUCGCUGGGUAAAGAGGUUUCUCAUGAAAACCCUGUUGGAUUAUUGAAUCCCUUCAACAUCUUAAAGACUUCCAUCAGGUCACCCUUCAGUCUUCUCUUUUCUAGAGAGAAGCAGCCCCAGCCUUUCCUGAAGGUUAAAUGCUCUCAGUUCUGGUAUUAUUCUUGUUAAUCUUUGUUGCUCCUUCUCCAGUGCCUCUAUUUCCUUUUUCUAAAUGGAGAUGACAAAUGUUGACAGUACUCCCAAUGUAGUCUAACCAUGGUUCGAAACAAGUUGAACAUAACCUCCCUGCUUUUCAAUUCUAUCCCUCUAGAAUGGAACCCUAUAUCUGGGCCCCACACUUUAAGAUGUGAACUUCUUCAAGAGGAUGGAGAGGAGAUUUACGAGAAUGGCACCAGGGAUGAGGGACUUCAGUUAGUUGGAGAGACUGGAGCAGCUGAAAUUGUUCUUUUUAGAUCAGAGUCAUUGGGACAGAGAAGGAGGCCAUUCAGUCCAUGCCAGCUCUCUGUAGAGCAAAGCAGUCCCACUGUCCCGUGCUAUCCCCAUAUCCCUGAAAGUUUAUUUCCCUCAA